AUGACCACCACUACAACAAUGACUGCUUCCACUACAACAAGUACCCAUAGGCCUUAUCUGGAAGCUCUUCAACGUGACGGAUUCGUGGUUGUGCGAUCAAUCCUCACACCCUCUGAAGUGGCGACUUUGCGUGAAGCAGCAACCGAAGUCACUUUGCGAACACGAAAUGGUAAAUGGCCGUACCUGCGCUCUGUUCCCAAGCAGUUUCCACCAUGGCCAAGCACUCCGCCACCAUCAUCCGAGGGUGGUAUUUGGGGAGUUCAACACCUGAUGCAUCCCGAGAUGCCACAUCGCGAAAAGUUUAUUAAGACAUACUUUUCGCCCAAGAUUCUCAGUGUCGCGGAAGAAUUAUUGGGACUUUCGGCCAGCAAGAAAGAGGCCACAAGCAAUGAUGCAACACAUGAAGAAUUGCUAGUCAUGGAAUUAUUCAAUCUUUUGGUUGCACCAGAAAACAUACCGUUUGAGCUACGUUGGCAUCGAGAUGAUAUUUCAGAAACCGUUACACCCGAACAAGAGCUCCAGCUACUCCAACAGAAAAGCCCAGAAGGCAAACAAUCACAUGCACAAUAUAAUCUGUCGUUAUGCCCCGACGCAUCACUGAUUGUGGUACCAGGCUCUCAUCGCCGUGUGCGCACUGAUAUUGAACGAGCGGCAGAUCCUUACGAAGCGACUCUACCAAACCAGCUCAUUGUUCGUCUAGAACCUGGUGACGCAGUCUUCUAUGACAGCAAUAUUUUGCACCGUGGUAUUUACCAACCUAAGGUCGAGGGAGGCGAGGAAAUCCGGCUCACACUGCACGGUAGCCUGGGCUUGAAAGACCGCAGCGGCAAUUCAGAUAAAGUGCGAGCUACAGCUGUGUUGCAACACGGUAUAGGCUUCUGGAUUGACCGGGAGGAUGCUUCUUUGGGAGCAGGUGAGCGAGCGGAGAAGAUGAGGGCCAAUUUAAUCAGCCUAGGAAGGGGUGAGAAUGUCGGAUAUUCUCUUCAGGGAUAG